AUGUAUGCAGCAGUGGAACAUGGGCCUGUUCUUUGCAGCGAUUCCAACAUCCUCUGCCUCUCCUGGAAAGGCAGAGUCCCCAAAAGUGAGAAGGAGAAACCGGUGUGCAGGAGGCGGUACUAUGAGGAAGGCUGGUUGGCAACAGGCAAUGGCAGAGGAGUUGUAGGCGUCACUUUUACUUCCAGCCAUUGCAGGAGGGACCGGAACACCCCUCAGAGAAUCAACUUCAAUUUGAGGGGCCACAACAGUGAGGUUGUGCUGGUGAGAUGGAACGAACCAUUCCAGAAAUUAGCAACCUGCGAUGCAGAUGGAGGAAUAUUUGUUUGGAUACAAUACGAAGGCAGAUGGUCUGUGGAGCUUGUGAAUGAUCGUGGGGCACAGGUAAGCGACUUUACAUGGAGCCAUGAUGGGACUCAAGCACUUAUCUCCUAUAGAGAUGGAUUUGUGCUGGUCGGUUCAGUCAGCGGACAAAGACACUGGUCUUCAGAAAUAAACUUGGAGAGUCAGAUCACCUGUGGCAUAUGGACUCCAGAUGACCAACAGGUACUGUUUGGCACUGCUGAUGGACAGGUUAUCGUCAUGGACUGCCAUGGCCGAAUGCUGGCCCACGUGCUCCUUCAUGAGUCAGAUGGCAUCCUCAGCAUGUCCUGGAACUACCCCAGCUUCCUGGUGGAGGACAGCAGCGAGAGCGACACGGACUCCGACGACUAUUCCCCGCCACAAGAUGGACCAGCUGCAUAUCCAGUCCCGGUGCAGAACACCAAACCACUACUUACUGUCAGCUUCACAUCGGGAGACAUCAGUUUAAUGAACAAUUAUGACGACUUGUCUCCGACUAUCAUCCGCUCAGGGUUGAAAGAUGUGGUGGUGCAGUGGUGUACACAAGGAGACCUACUUGCAGUAGCAGGCAUGGAGAAGCAAAGCCAGCUGGUUGACCUCAGCAAUGGUUCCCUGUUGAAAAGCGCACUUGUCAAGUUCUACAAUGUGCGCGGGGAACAUAUCUACACUCUGGAGACACCUGUGCAGCGUCCCAUCAUCUCGAUCUGUUGGGGUCACAGGGAUUCGCGCCUGCUGAUGGCUUCCGGACCUGCAUUAUACGUUGUCAGAGUCGAGCACAGGGUCUCCAGUCUGCAACUGCUGUGCCAGCAGACCAUCGCUAGCUGUCUGCGGGAUGACAAGGAUAUCAGCAAACUGACCCUGCCCCCUCGGCUCUGCUCGUACCUCACCACAGCCUUUAUACCAACAAUCAAGCCUCCUAUCCCAGACCCAAACAAUAUGAGAGAUUUUGUCAGCUACCCAACAGCUGGUAAUGAACGGCUUCACUGCACGAUGAAGCGGACAGAAGAUGACCCAGAAGUUGGUGGUCCAUGUUAUACUCUGUACCUGGAAUACCUUGGGGGACUGGUGCCUAUCCUGAAAGGACGUCGUAUCAGCAAGUUACGGCCAGAGUUUGUCAUCAUGGAUCCUAAAACAGAUGGAAAAGCAGAUGAAAUCUAUGGAAACAGCUUGAUUUCCACUGUGAUUGACAGCUGCAACUGCUCGGACUCCAGUGAUAUCGAACUGAGUGAUGACUGGGCAGCAAAGAAGUCUCCCAAAAUCAGUCGAGCUAGCAAAUCACCCAAACUCCCCAGAAUCAAUAUAGAAGCUCGCAAAUCUCCAAAGAUGUCACGAUCUGCACAGGAGAUAUCAAGAUCACCAAGGUUACCAAUAAGGAAACCUUCUAUUGGUUCACCAAGCCUAACCCGAAGAGAGUUUCCUUUAGAAGAUAUUACUCAGCACAACUACCUAGCUCAGGUCACAUCUAAUAUCUGGGGAACCAAAUUUAAAAUUGUGGGUUUGGCUGCUUUCCUACCAACUAACCUUGGUGCAGUAAUAUAUAAAACCAGUUUGCUGCAUCUGCAGCCCAGGCAGAUGACAAUAUAUCUCCCAGAAGUGCGGAAGAUUUCAAUGGACUACAUUAACCUGCCUGUCUUUAAUCCAAAUGUUUUCAGUGAAGAUGAAGAUGAUUUACCAGCCUACCCCGGCACCAUCCCCGCCGCGCCGACCGCUGCCCUGCCGCCCCCGCCCGGCCCCCCGCAGCCGCCCCUCGACCUCUGCCUGAAAAAGGGGGAGUUCUCCCUCUACCCCGCGGGGCACUACCAGACGCCCCUGGGGUACGAGCGGAUAACGACGUUCGACAGCAGCGGGAACGUGGAGGAGGUGUGCCGGCCUCGCACCAGGAUGCUCUGCGCCCAGAGCACCUACACCCUGCCAGGGCCCGGCAGCUCCGCCACCUUGCGCAUCACCGCCGCCGAGAAGAAGAUGCAGCAGCCGUGCGCCAGUGCCACCCUAAACCGGCUCACGGUCCCCCGGUACUCCAUCCCAACCGGGGACCCGCCGCCCUACCCUGACAUCGCCAGCCAGCUGUCCCAGGGCAGAAGCAUCGCGCAGAGGCUGGACAGCAGUAUCAUUCAUGCGACUCUGCGGAGGAACAGCCGAGAGGCAGCCCUGAAAAUGGCUCAGCUGGUGGAGGGUCAGAGAGCCACCUUGCAACUUCCCCCAAAAGCCAAGAGCAAUGUUGUGACGGCGCAGUACCAGCAGAGAGUACCCACCGCCUUGUACACCUGCAGCCAAUGCAGCGGCGGCGGCGGUGGCGGCGGUGGCAGCGGCAGCAACGCGAGCGCUGGUGGUGUGGGCAACAUCACUAGUGCCAAUGCUAGUAGCAGCACUUCCAGUAUUGGUGGCAUGAGACCUGAUCUGAGCACAGGGAGCACCUCCCAGCACAGCUCUGUCAUCGCUCACUCUGUCAGUACUUCGCCUCUGGCCUCCCAGUCCUCGUACAGCUUGCUGAGCCCACCUGACAAUUCCCGUGACCGAGCAGAUUACAUCAACUCUGCCUUCACGGAGGAUGAGGCCCUUUCUCAGCACUGCCCAGUGGAGAAAACAAUGCGUCACGUACCCGUGUCCUUGACAGAGGCUGCCCUUGGUGUAAAACGGCCACCGCCGUACCAGUGGGACCCUAUGGUGAGUGAAGAGAUAUGGGUUCCUCAGGAAAGGACAUCUCAGAGCUCAGUGCCCAACCCUCUAAAACCUACUCCUCUCAUCAUUGGUCAAGCUCAACAUCUGGAUAUGUCUCGAGUGCCGUUUGUUUCCCCCAAGUCACCAACCAGUCCCACUGCCACUUUCCAGACGAGUUACGGGGUCGGAGUACCUUACCCAGGAAGCUACAGUGCCCCUCCCCUUCAGGGAAUGCAGCCCCCCUGCUCCCCCAAAGAAGCUCUGGCCCCAACGCAGUUUGCACAGCAGGAGCCCACAGUUGUGCUUCAGCCAGGUUAUCCGUCCAACCUCUCCUAUUGCCCUUUGCCACCCAUGUACCCAGGAAGUAGCGCCUGCUCUAGUUUACAGCUGCCACCGAUCGCCUUGCACCCAUGGAGCUCCUAUAGCGCCUGUCCACCCGUACAGAACCCCCAGGGCACCUUGCCCCGCAAGCCGCUUCUCGUGGUGGAGAAGCCAGUGAUGUCUCCCCCACCGGCAGAGCUGCAGGGCCACGUGGGCACAGAAGUAAUGGUGGAGACGGCAGACACCUUCCAGGAGGUGCUCUCCUUGACAGAAAGCCCCAUCCCUCAAAGGACGGACAAAUUUAGCAAGAAGAGCCGGAAGCGCCUGGACAGUCGAGCUGAGGAAGGAAACGUGCAGGCUAUCACCGAGGGCAAGGUCAAAAAGGAGGCAAGGACGCUGACCGACUUCAAUUCGCUAAUAUCCAGCCCUCGACUGGGGAGGGAGAAGAAGAAGGUCAAGAGCCAGAAAGACCAGCUAAAGUCCAAGAAGCUAAACAAGACCAAUGAGUUUCAGGACAGUUCAGAGAGCGAGCCAGAGCUUUUUAUCAGCGGGGAUGAACUGAUGAACCAGAGCCAGGGCAGCAAAAAGGGUUGGAAAACCAAAAGGAGUUUGAGGACAGCCAGUGAGCUGGAUGAAUUCAAGUGCCGGAAGGCCAGUGAGAAGGAGGAUGGGAGGCUGGGGAGCCAGGGCUUUGUGUACGUGAUGGCCAACAAGCAGCCACUGUGGAACGAGGCAACGCAAGUCUACCAGCUGGACUUUGGAGGGCGGGUGACCCAGGAGUCAGCAAAAAACUUCCAGAUUGAGCUGGAAGGACGACAGGUGAUGCAGUUUGGAAGGAUUGAUGGCAAUGCUUACAUUUUGGACUUUCAGUAUCCAUUUUCUGCAGUGCAAGCCUUUGCUGUUGCUCUGGCUAAUGUGACUCAACGCCUCAAAUGAACAAGCAGAGACUGGAGAGAGGAAAAUGUUAACCUUCUCAUGAAGUCCAAACCGGAAAAUGUCAGGGCAGCCUGCUUUAGGUGUGCAGAGGUGCCUGGGAGUGAAGAAGGCAGUAAAACUGGAAAAGUCUCUUGGUGCCCAACAGAAGGGCAUUAACUCUAAUCAGUCAUGGGAUGGAGGGUGGGGGGCUGUUUUCUGUUUUGUUUGUUCAUUUGUUUGUUUGUUUUCAGGUGUUUUUUUUUCUUUUUAAGCAUUGUGCUGGGUCUCAGAAAGAGCGAAGGGUUGAGAGCCAUUCAGUGUUAUGUGGAGAAGUGUGGCUUUUGGCUUGUUGUGGUGGUUCUGCCGUGUUUGCUACAGUAGCUGAUGUAAGCUCAUAGGGGGAUUAAAAAAGACUGCUCUUUUUGAUAGACUGCCUUAUAUCAUGCUGUUCUUUUUAAAACAGGGAACAUAACUUUUUUUCUGGUCCAGUUUGUACUACUACUCCUACUACUACUCCUCUACUACUACUACAUCAGUGAUAGCAGCAAAAAAAGAAAAAAAAGAAGCUAUAAUACUUGAAGACACGUGUUUCUUCUCUGAUCUCUGAUAAUAACUGAGCACUACAAGUUCCAAGGAGGCUUAUGUAGGUCAAUGUUUAAUUUAUAAAUAAUGAUGUAUUAUUCAGAAGAGAAACAAUUGUUACCAAUGGCUGGUUUAAAAACCCAGUGUAUUGAAGAAGUUGAUGUCUGCUUGUUUUGUGUGCUGUUAUUGGGGAUAAACAUCUUUCAGUAGGUGACAGAAAAUAGGGGAGGAAAUAAUCAUGAGCGUUGCUUCUUUGUUCAUAUUGAUCAGCAGUAUUCUCCAAUUUGGCCUGUAGUUGGGAGAGGUACAGUAUGACCAGAUGUACCUCUAAGGCCAUGCCUGUACAUGCUCCUCAUUUAAAUGUGUUUACACUUUAUAAACAGUCUUUCAAGUGAAUGAGAAGGC